AUGGGUAAGCCACUUACCUAUGUCACUCCAUCAAUCAGGGAUGACAAAGUGAUAGUGAAAAUUGUGGAGGACGACAUCAAAAGACAGAAAGAGGUGUGGAAUUCUGCACUAAUUGGAUAUGUGCUGGGAGACACACCAUAUGUUCGAUCAAUGGAAAACUAUGUUAAUACGGUAUGGAAUUUUGUUGAUAAACCUAAAAUUUUGUACCAUGAAGAGGGAUACUAUAUUUUCAAAUUCCAAACAGUUGAAGAUAGGGAUUUGGUUCUGCAAUCCGGGCCAUACACAUACCAUAACAAGCCAAUGAUCCUGAGGAACUGGGAAAUAGACUUCUAUUUUGACCCAGAGUGUUUGAGCACUGUUCCAUUGUGGGUUAAAUUUCCAGGAUUACCAGUGGGAUAUUGGUCACCUGAGGCACUAGGUAAAUUGGCUAGUGGAAUUGGGAAACCACUAUACACUGAUGAAACCACUGUAGACAUGGAGAGGAUAUCAUAUGCUAGAGUUUUGAUUGAAGUAGAUGUUGCUCAACCUUUGCCUGAAUGUAUUGAGCUUGACACACCAUUUGGAACUUUUCAACAACAGGUGACAUAUGAUUGGAGGCCAAAAUUUUGUGUAGACUGCAUAAAAUUUGGUCAUGAUGCAGAAGACUGUUGGAAAAUAAAAUCAGGAGCAAAGGAAGAAACAUACCAGGAAGUAGCUAAAAGGAGGAGAAGAAGAAAUAGGAAAAAGAAGCCAAUAUGGAUAGCUAAAGAAUUAGAGGAAAAUAAAGUAGCACAACAAGAUGAAAUUCAACCUGUAGAAGAAGAAGGGGAGACACAACAAAGUGUUGCGCAAAUACAGAAUAUGCAGGGGCAGCCAAAUGAUCAAGAGAUCAAUACAAAAGCAAAGGGCAAAAGCAAAGUUGUACAAAAGCCUGUAAUGCAGGAUCCAGUGAUGAUAAUGAAAGCAAACAGGUAUUCUGUGCCGAGAAUUGAUGAAUCAAAAACUACAGGGGAAUGA